AUGUUGGGCGCGCUCAUCUCGAUCGUCAAGGCGUCGCUACGCGCGGUCUUCCGCGGGGGGAGCUUCGUCGACGGGUGCGGGACCGCGGCGCAGUCAGUGCCGUGGCGAUGCCUCCGGCUGUUUGCGGCGGGCGGCUUGCUGCUCGCGGCGAUGGCGAAAAACUCGUCUCGUUGCACACCAAGGGCUUAUGCUCUGGCGAGAUGUGACGGGCACCUCGAGCUCUGGAACCGCAACAUGACGGCAUGUCGGCAUCGCAUCCUGCCAUCCCUCGGGCGCAUGCGCCGCUCGUUGGCGUUGUACUACUUCACCGCGGGCUGCCCAAAGCAGGACUGCCUGGGGGACUGCGACGACUCCCACUCCACGCUAUGGCAGACGCCGAAGGGAUGCCAGGCAUGCCAAGAACCUGCGUGCAAGGCGUAUAAGUAA